AUAGCUGACAGGUCAUCGCAUCUCAUGUCUCUUUAGUACAUGCUAGAUAGAAAAGCAGUGACCUAUGACCCCGUUACUGCAACCUUCGCGCGGUCUCAAAUGCUCCAUUCUGGAUACUGAGAGGUUGAACUGGGUGGCUUCUUUUGUUGGGGCUCAAUGAUGAACCAGCCCUGAGUUAGACUCAAGAAUCAUUCAGGCAGCACAGCUUUGACCCAGAGACCUCAACCAGCAGCUGCUGGUGAUGAGAGAUCUGCGUGGUAAUGAACGGUGUCUCUUUCUUCAGAAAAAUAUCACCGAAGCCUAUCAGGUGAACAAGAAGUCUCUGAAGCCUGUGGUGAAGGUGAUUCGGAUGUCAGCCCCGGUCAAAGACGCUGUGUACAACUACAGCAUUCAAACUCUGAACUCCACAGAGCUGGCCAAGAGGGAGCUGCAUCGAGAGAUGGCCAAGGAGCCAGGGAAAAGGUUCACUUACUCACAGGAUUACCUCUCCGCUACGGUGGAACCUUACGACUGGGAGGCUGAGCAGAAGGAAGCCGAGAAGAAAUCUCGCCAGGCCUGGCUCACUGCUGAGGGAUUCCAAACGACAGGUCUUCAGAGCAGCCACCACCACAGGCUGCCACCUGUGAGCAACAGCAGAGCGCAGGGGUGGAAGGAACAUGCACUGUAUACAAAUACAUUGGAGCCUGUGCUGGACCGGAAGAGCUGGGGGUGGGCCCAGCGCCACAUGGACUUUGAUCUGUAUAAGAAGCCACCCACUUUUUUCCAGCUUCCCCCUGCUCCAGCAUUGAAGCACAGACAAGGUAAUACCAAAGCUGAACCUCCUGAAGGUUUUGGCACACCAGCAUGAACUC